AUGCGUUCAAAUCUUCUGGCUUUGUUAUGUAUGGCCUUGGCAAUGAUGGCCCAUGGACUCCCUACACCUGGUGAUGACAACAAAGAAGCUGUAGAGGACUCGAAACAACACGUUGCUGUUCCUCAUGCACAGUCGGCAUUCGUCGUCCAGGCGAGGAAGGAGGAACCCAACAAUUUCAACUUGCCGAGUAAAUGGAUUGCUCAAGAUGAUGAAAGAAUGCGAUAUGGCCAUUUGUGUGUAUAUAUUCCAACAUUGCCAAUUUAA